AUGCCUCGCCCUAGAUCCUUUAGACUUCCGUCUUACUCGGCCGACUACCACCCCAUUGACGACAACAAAUCAGCUACUUCGAUCGAUGAAAUACGACAAGACCCAUCGCACGAAACAUCGAACCAUGGAGUCGGAAGCCCGCCUUCCGUAACGCCCACAUCUUUUUACGGGAGCGAGUCUCCGUUGCGUACUUUUAUUCCGUUUGAUGGCCCUGAUCCCCCAAAAGGGCAUCCGCCAUUGGACUAUAAGCCUUUUGUUCUACGAAGAUGGUUUCUCCUUCUCACGACGGCUUUUCGCAUUCACAAAGGAUACUACCGUGUCACCAUGAUAUAUACUCCAGCUAUCGUUGGAAGCAUAACAUCAAUGUGGUGGAAGGCUGUUCACGACGCAUACAAAAGAAUAACACCUUACAUUGCUAUGUCGGAAACACCGCCCCAGAGACAGAGUAAAGCUUUCAAACAACAUUUCAAGUUCAUAUAUGCGGUUCAGAAUCCGUUCGAUAUUAUGACACCAUUCAUGCAAAGCCAUCAUUUGACCGGUAUCAUAACGGUGAUCAACCUCACCGUUAACUUUACGAUUGUUUCCCUCAAAAACGCUUUCUAUGUCCUCAACAAAGACGGAAGUGGUUGGUUUAUUUCUCUUUCGAACACCGCCGGCCACCUUCUGGCAAUAAUGUACGGCACGCUUGUUGCUUGUAGCAUUGGUAUAACAUACAGGCUAUGGCCUGCAUACACUGGUUUGAAGUGGGAUCCGGCACCAGUCGCAGUACAACUUUCCAUGGUUCAAGGCUCAAACAUCUUUCCAGUGUUCAAGGGACUCGAGUAUUCUUACCAUCCAAAAUUUAUAAAGCAGAUAGCAUCGGAGAGUAAGAAAGCUGGGAUACUCCGUCUGGGUUAUUGGUCGUCAGCGACGAACUCUCACGACAUCAUAUACAGCCUCAGGUUCAUGAAGUCCGAACGAGAGAACAAUUUCAUAUCUGAGGAUGUACCGGAUACACAGAUAGACACACUCCAUGAGCAAAGAGACUGCAGUCAUCACAUGAGACGUGGAUGCUCGCCGGAACUGUACAAUCUAAGCGGUAUGCCUAGCAGUUUUAAGUCAAUGUGCAAAAGAAGUCGAACUGAUUCAAGUUUAGAAGCCCCAUAUGGUCCGGAAUCUGACAUUGUGUGUUCGCCACAGUUCAGCAUGUUCAUAUCUUCAAAUUUAAGCCUGAGCGAUUCUGGUAUUCUGAUUUUCAUCAUCCUCGGCAUAGUUUCUUCUGGAUUAUGGAUUGGUAUUGCCACAAGGGCCGGCCAUGCAAACACGAUCACUGUCAAAGUUCCUUACAACUGGUGGUUCUCCAACUGGGAGAAUCUUUUCUACUUCCUCCCGACAAUAUCCUUGUCUGUGUGGAAUCUUGCAUGGUUGCGGGCAGCAUAUUUUUACCGACACGUCCAACCAAUAGCAUGUAUGGACGGAUCAAAGCCACCACAGGAGACUGUUUUGCUCGACUAUCUCAGUAUUAGUCUCUCCGAGGCGAUUUAUACCGCGAUUACCAACAGACAUUUCCGUGUGGCAAUAUCCAGCCUUCUUGCUAUGGUUGGCACCAUUAUCCAAAUACUUCCAGGAAAAGUCUUUUUCAACGUUUCUUGGCGAGGUCACCGAGACAAAGUUGAAUACAUCGCCAGCAUCGUGCCAUCUUAUCUUUAUGGCUGCUUGGCUAUAACGAUUGUAUACAUCAUUCUGUUGGGAUUUCUCCGGCCCACACCUCAAUAUCGGACACCUCGAGCUUGUUACAACAUAGUCGACCUUGUCUCCUACUGCUACAAUAGCAAAAUGCUCGACGAUCCUGAAUUUGAUACUCAAGACCCAACGGACGAAGAGAUCCACUUCAAAUCAAAGAUCCAUCUAGCGAAAAGAAAAUAUCAAAUCGGAAUGUACCUUGGCAAGGACGGUCACCGACAUCUCGGUUUUGAUAUUGUACCCCAAAAAACCGACGAUCCUACUCACCGAGUAAAGGUCGAUAAAUUUUACCCCGGAAAAGCAAUAUACUGGAUUGGCGUUUACAGAAAAUUUAUCGAAUCUCCAAAGUUGAGACCGACCAAUCCGUCCGAAGAGGAAGACCGGAUCUCUUCGGAGCAAAUCUCACAGGAGGAUGGAACUGAGCUCCAAAAUUGGCCAACACAUUCGGUGCCGGAAGUGAGUGCUCCAGAAAGCCAACACCAAGCAGAGUACAACGAGACACCUACAGCAGCGCUCCACGAGCAAGAUGUCAGCCCACUGUACCAAUCACACACUCUCCCAGCUCCAGACCCCGAGAAUAGGAGCGGACUGGCAUAA